AUGGAGAGAAUAGCAAAGGAGUGUAAUGGGCAUUGGGUGGUGUUGGGAGAUUUCAAUGAUAUUAGAGGAGCUCAUGAGAAGAAGGGGGGAGCUCCUAUCAAUUAUAGAAGAUGUGAUACUUUUGAAGAUAGAAUUAACAAAUGUGGUUUCUUUGAAGUAGCAUCUUGUGGUAACAGAUUCACUUGGAAAGGACCCCUUAUUCAUGGUUACCAAAGGGUGUAUGAGCGCCUUGAUAGGGGUUUUUGCAGUGCUGAUUGGAAAAUUAAGUUUUCGGAGGUGAUUGUUAAAGUUUUGGCAAGAUUGGGUUGUUUGGAUCAUCACCCUAUUCUAUUGAGCAUGGAAAGGUAUGAAAGAAGAGGAGAGCAUCCUUUUUGCUUUAAGGCAGCCUGGUUUAUGCAUGAUUCUUUUCAAAACAAAGUCAAGGAAGGUUGGGGAAGAGAAGGAGUGGCUACAGACAGACUUGUGAAUUUGCAGAGAACACUUAGCAAGGGGGACAAAGAGGUGUUUCUGAAUGUUCACUCAAAAAAGACAAGACUUCUUGCGAGAUUGGAAGGAGUUCAGAAACAGAUUGUUGCGUCUGAUAGACAUUAUAUGCAUUUGUGUAAACUAGAACAGGAGAUACAAGGGGAGCUUAGAGAUGUUUUGAGAUAG